GUCAAAUUGUCAAUAUGUCAGCCAAAUGGAGGGUAGGCGGACCCCGCCUGACUAAAUGGAGGGCUGUGUUGUUGUUAGUCUUGAUGACUGUUUUAGUAAUAUUCUUUAGCUUUCACUCCACAAGGGGAACCUUUUCUUUCCUGGCUUCAAAAGUGGUUCUUAUGGACGCGAAUGGGUUGGUGCCCGGGGAAAAUGUUUCGACCGAGGUUUCGACUCCUAAGUCAGAGCUCGAACCUCAUGCCAAUCAGGACUGGAAUCUAUACCAUCCUUCUAACCUGGAUCAAUUGUGGAUAAUAAUGACAAAGAGAAUAUUGGUCAGACGUUUAGGUUUUCAUGACACUAGGAGCUCCUCUUAUCCCAGUGUAGUAUUCAACUGUAUGUAUGAUGACAGACCAGAACUGCCACACUUGAAGAAAUUUUAUAGUCUACUAACUUUUAGGAACGGAUCUAAGGCAUGCAUACCAUUAGAAUACUGGGCACAUAACGGAGACUAUAUGCACACUAGGAACACAUAUACAGAGAUAUAUUACAAUUAUAUACUACGAACUGAAAGUAGUGUAUCCGAGCCACCUUUACAAGGUCAGAUCUCCUUUGAUCCAGACUGUCACUCGCUAUCCAAAACUAUCCCAAUAAAGGACAAUACAACUGAUCGGAAAUACACUUACGGUGUCUGCCUUCACAAGAGUAUAUAUAAUUUAACUGAGCCUGAAAUGUUAGUCCAUUGGGUUGAGCUCAAUUUGGCACUAGGAGUGGAAUUUAUGACGAUAUAUCUUCAAAACGGGUACAUUCCUGAGUCAUACUAUACACUAAUGAUACCUUACAUUAAGAGAGGAAUAGUUGAAGUACUGGACUGGGGUCUAAGACCACCAGUCAUUCCUGGAUACACUAAAUUCUGGGGACAGACUGCAGUCAUCACAGAGUGCAUAUAUAGGAACAUGUAUAGGGUCAAAUACUUAGGAUUAUACGACCUUGAUGAAUUUAUUAUCCCUGGAAAUCUCAGAACGGUUCCUGAACUGAUCAAAAAAUUUGAAAAAGAAACACCAGCAGCACUCAACGCAGCAUCCUAUGGUGCAACCAAUGUAUUCUAUUAUAAAUCGAAUGAGCACUUACCGCGUAUGAAUGAGUCCUUGUUAGCCUCACAAUGUCCAAAAAUGAGUGUACCAAGAUACUAUACUUUUAAUAUGAGGAACAAACAUGUAAGGCCAUUUGUUAAUAAGAUUAUCGUGAAACCAAAGGCCGUCAUUUCAGUUUGGACUCAUUUUGCGUUAAAAUGGAUGCCUGGCUACACUAAAGAGAAGUACUUUACUUUCGAUGAUGCACAGCUACGGCAUUAUCGUGUCCCCGAGAAACCUGGUUUUUUGAAAACUCCCCUCACAGUAAACUCAUUUACACUAGAUAGGUACUAUAAUGACACUGUUAUGGGAAUCAUUAGACAUGCUUGCAGGAAGAAAAAUUAAUGAUAAUAAUAAAAAUAAUUUUAUGUGCCAAAAUUAAUAUUUAUUUAUUAUGUCACUUUGUGGUCAAUUAGUCAUUCACAAGUUAGUGUCACUGUAAAUUA